UAUUGGAGCAAACUCUGUCUUCAGUUUGUUCAGGUGUUUACGAGGUCUGCAGCAACUGUUGACGGCCAGCGAGGAGGAAGGUUCCAGCUUCUUGAUGGCAGCAUCAGUGGAGAAUUCACAGAGCUGGUACCAGACCAGAGGAUAAAGAUGCGCUGGCGUUUCAGAACAUGGCCCAGUGAGCACUAUGCCACCAUCAUUCUGGACCUGCUGGAUCGAGGAGAUGAGACGGAGCUGAAGUUGGAGUGCCAAGGAGUUCCUGCAGGAGAAGAGGAGCCCACCAGGGAGGGCUGGAGUCGCUUUUACUUCCAGGCCAUUAAACAAACAUUUGGAUACUGAAGGAGACUCUGAUCUCUGAAGAACAUCUAAGGGGUUAAAAUGCAAACCAACAUUUUACUGUUAAUAUUCUCUGGAUGAAGAAAUAUUUAAACAGAAGGAAAUGCUUUGAUGAAAUCUCCUGCUGCUGGUUUCUGUCCAAGGUGGGUCCAGGAAGUGGGAACCCUGGAUGGGAAACUUCUGCUGGAAGUCAGACUGAAGAGAAGAGGUCCAUCAUGUCUGACUGUUUGCUUUGCUCUAACCCUGAAUGCAGCCUGUUUUCUUUGCUAGCUGGAUUCACAAUUGUUUUCAGCAAAUGUGUAAAGAUGUGGGGAAAACUAGCCGGGCUGCAGGAAGCAUGGAUAACAUCCACUAUCCUGCAAGAUGUGCCUUUGGUCCAACACACCUGAAUCUAACCGUUAGAUGAUUGAGAGGAUUCUGCUAACUGAGGAGGUAACUCUGCCGUUUGAUGCAGGUCUGUUGGACCAAGGAUGGAUCUGAAAGUUGCAGGAGGCCGACUCCCAGAAACUGGAAUUGCUUUAAUUCCCAGCAUAUUUACAGAUUGCUGAACCAGAAAUGUUUUUAUCAAAACUGUCCUAAAAAUGUCUGCUGCAGAUCUGUGAUCACCGACGUUUCUGAAGCUUUUAGGUUUCAUUGCUCCCCAAUCAUUUAUGCAUUCUGUGUUUAAUGCGUCUUAUGUUUCAUUUAACUGGUGACCCCAAAAUGAAUUAACCGGAAUAAAUGACUGCAGGCAGAUUGGUUAGAAAUGAGACCCUUUUUCUUCUGCUUGUUAUUAUUAAACUUUUAAACGAGAGACUUAAUGAUGUAUUUAGAUUUUGAGUUGUUUGAAAAUGAUCUUUCUGCUUUUCAACUGUAAGAACCAUUAAAACUGAACAUAGA